AACAGGGAGGCCAGCGGGGCGGUGUCCAGCGGUCAGAGCGUACAACAAAGUGUACUGCAGGAGAGUAAACAGGAAAUCUCAGUGUUCUAAAUAUCGCAGCUGUCCACGCGGAUUGACCUGCUGCCCAGGAGUGUGUGGAACAAAACGAUGCUUGCGAUUAAAACAUGUGUGCAAACGCAGACGUUGCAUGUUGCGAGGCGGACGUCGUCGCCGUAGGUGUCGCUAUGGAUUCAAGAGGGACAGAUACGGAUGCCUAACGUGCACGUGUAAACGGAGGCCAGCGGGGCGGUGUCCAGCGGUCAGAGCGUACAACAAAAUAUACUGCAAGAGAGUAAACAGGAAAUCUCAGUGUUCUAAAUAUCGGAGCUGUCCCCGCGGAUUGAGCUGCUGCCCAGGAGUGUGUGGAACAAAACGAUGCUUGCGAUUAAAACAUUUGUGCAAACGCAGACGUUGCAUGUUGCGAGGCGGACGUCGUCGCCGUAGGUGUCGCUAUGGAUUCAAGAGGGACAGAUACGGAUGCCUAACGUGCACGUGUAAACGGAGGCCAGUAAAGCGGUGUCCAGUGGUCAGAUCGUACAGUGCUGUGUUCUGUAAACGACUUCGGAAGAAGAGUCAGUGUUCUAGAAGACGGAGAUGUCCCAGGGGAUUGAUCUGCUGCCCAGGGGUAUGUGGAUCAAAACGGUGCAUGCGAUUAAGACCAUGCCCUCGCCGUCGUUGUCCACGUGGUGGCAGAUGUAACUAUGGUUACACCAAGGACAGAAACGGAUGUACUACGUGCACAUGCAAAAGAAGAUCACCACGCCAGUGUCCAGUCUAUAAAAUGUACAGUACGGCAUUCUGUAAACGGCUUAACUGGAAACACAAGUGUUCUAUCAGACAGAAAUGUUCCAGGGGAUCAAUGUGUUGUCGAGGAUUGUGCGGGAUAAGAAAAUGCGUGAAAAUAGGACCUACCUGUCGACGUCGUUACUGUCGACACCGACCGGGUUUCAAAUGUCGCGCUGGUUACAUCGUAGACAGGAACGGAUGUCGAACAUGCACGUGCAAACGGACGUUCAGUAGACUGUGUCCAGUGGUUAGAACGUACGGCAAGACGUUCUGUCGGCGGUUGGUGAUGAGGAACCAGUGUUCUGCACGAAAAAGGUGUCCCAGAGGAACAAUAUGUUGUAAAGGUGUGUGCGGCAGAAGAAGAUGUUUUAGACUGAGAACUGUUUGUCCUCCCCGUCGUCCCUGUCGUCGCCGAUGUCGCUAUGGCUACGUUAGAACCAGAAAAGGAUGUCGAACAUGCAUGUGUAGAUCUGUGUGCCGACGUCGACGAUGCCCCCCGCGGCCCCCUGGCGCCAGAUGUCGCUAUGGUUACUUAAAGGAUAGAAGAGGAUGCACGACAUGCGUAUGCAAAAAAGGACCUUAUCUACCAGGCUGUCCUUUAGUGAAGUACUCCAACCCAAAGAUCUGUGCCGUCGCCAAAUUCAGCAGCCAAUGUUCCAGAACACGACAGUGUCGCCGCGGAUAUAUCUGCUGUCCAGGAAUGUGCGGAUCGUCAAGAUGUGUACGAUUAAGACCCAAAUGUCCUUAUCGUCGUUGUGCACGCCCACCGGGUGGCAGAUGUCCGUUUGGUUAUAAAAAAGAUAGACGUGGAUGCCCAACUUGUACCUGUAAAGGGGUCAAACCUGGGUUCAAGUGCCCGGUCAUAAACUUCAUCAGAGCUCCAGACUGCACCAAAGUACGUGUCUCGAGGCAGUGUACCCCGCUACGUAGAUGUCGAUUUGGAAAAUCCUGCUGCCCAGGUAUUUGUGGCGGAACUGUCUGUGUGAAGGCGCAACCCAUUUGUCCUCUUCGACCUCCAUGUCCACCUGGCGGCCGUUGUCGCUGGGGAUACAAGAAAGACAGCAAUGGAUGUCCAACCUGCGAAUGCCGAUGUCCUCCAAUGAAGUGUCAGCGUUGUCCAAAUGGCUACAUCUUUGAUAAGAAAGGAUGCAAUACUUGCAAGUGUAGAGAAUGUCCUCAAUAUAAAUGUAAAGAGUGUGCAAAUGGUAACGUCAUAGAUAAGAAUGGUUGCAGAACUUGCAAGUGUAAAGUUUGUCCUUGCGGGCCAAAGUGUUGCAAACUCUUCUGUCCAUCGGGGUAUGCCAGAGAUUCGAAUGGAUGCCAGCUUUGUAAAUGCAAACGUACGGAACCGAAUUGUCCUGCCUAUGCAAAGUAUUUACCUAAGGACUGUGCAACCAGAACUGUCCCCAAUGAAUGCUCGAUUGAGAAAAAAAACUGCAAGCCUGGUUAUACGUGCUGUCCAGGUAUUUGCGGGUCAAGGAGAUGCAUCAGAGAUAAACCUAUAUGCCUGCCUCGACCAUGCCCCCGUCCACCUAACGGCGGCUGCCGACAUGGCUUUGUAAAGGACAAAGAUGGAUGUGAUACCUGCACAUGUAAAGUAAUAUGUCCCCAGAUUCUGUGUCGGCCAGGCACGAAAUGUCCGCACGGAUUUAAACGUCGACCGGACGGGUGUCCAACAUGCGAAUGCAGAUGUCCUCAAUAUAAAUGUAAAGAGUGUGCAAAUGGUAACGUCAUAGAUAAGAAUGGCUGCAGAACUUGCCAGUGUAAAGCCAUUUGUCCUCUUCGACCUCCAUGUCCCGGCCUUUGUGAAUGGGGAUACAAGAAAGACAGCAAUGGAUGCCCAACCUGUGAAUGCCAAUGUCCGCCAAUGAAGUGUCAGCGUUGUCCAAAUGGCUACAUCUUUGAUAAGAAAGGAUGCAAUACUUGCAAGUGUAGAGGAUGUCCGCAAUAUAAAUGUAAAGAGUGUGCAAAUGGUAACGUCAUAGAUAAGAAUGGCUGCAGAACUUGCAAGUGUAAAGAGUGUCGUCAAAUUAAAUGUGCCGCCUUCAAAUGUCCAAAUGGUGUAGCAAAAGACAAAUAUGGCUGUCCCACUUGCAGAUGCAAAGGGUGUCGUGAGCAUCUUAUUUGCCCUGCUGUGGUUUGUCCUGGAGGUUUUAAAUACAUACAAGACAAAAACGGCUGCAAGACGUGCACCUGUCCUAAACUUUGCCCCGUGUAUGACUGUCUGCCAAAUGUCAAGUGUCCCUUUGGAUUUAAAAAGGACUCCAAUGGUUGCCAGACCUGCGAAUGUGUAAAAGUGUUGCCCUAACCAUGAGUUCUUUGACAUACAGACUGUCGAAAAACAGAUCUCAAUCUGUGGUGUACAUUAGUGAAAAAUAAAAUAUUACUCGUG